AUGGAACCCAACCACGGACAGCAAACUUCUAUGUACUCUUUACGACACACCCCGGAAUCACCAGGACUUCAAGCAAAUUCACGUACUUCACCAGUCGGUUUCAUGCACAGAACUUCAUCUGGAGAAAACAUUGAAGAAAGAACGGCAUUUCAAGCGAAACAGGAGGAGGGUGAGUCGCAUUUAUCAGUAUCAUAUCGUGAAACCAACAGUAGCAGUUCACAUGAACCCAGUCCGAGAAAACGGCACUGCCCAGAUCUAGCUGACAUCGUCUCGUCUAGUCCUCUGUCGAGUUCCAACUAUUUGGUAUCCAAUAGCCUUCCGUGUCCGUGUGGUCGAAGCUUUAGCGAUUCUACGAAUUUUAUUGAGCAUGCACGUCAAUGUGUUGAAUUUGCAAAGACGGCCACCAGUUUCGCAGAAGCUGCCGCAGCCGUCGCGUCAUCAACUAUCCUAAAUAACAGCAGAAAUUCUUCCCCCUUGGCUCCUCCGGUUGUGUUGCAAGGUUCUCAUAGAGGAGACACGAACAGUUCUACGAAUGGGAAUGUUCCCAGGCUACCAGUAGAUAUUCCAAUUCCGGCAUCGUCCAAGACUGUCUCCAGUAACAAUACCUAUGUUAAUGCACUGGAUCUUUCGUUGCGUCCAGAAGACGUCUGUGCAAAUACCUUAACUCAGUGUCCAGACUGUAAAUUUUCGGUGAAAAGUGUUGACAGCUUACUGCAUCACUUCGAAUCAGAACAUAAUUUGAAAGGAAAGUUUACCUGUCACUGCACAGACACCUUCGGAUGGCUGCCAAAUCUAUUAAAGCAUCAGCUCAGAUGUAAAAGAACGUCUGAAACGCGGGGUGGCGAAUCAGAUACGGUAUUUGUCGGUGGACAUCAUAACCCAGGGUCAGGUAGUAUUCGUGAUCGUCAUCCACCCGCUCCAAACACUGUUGAUUUAAUGUCAGGACACAGGCCUCUCAGCUGUACUGGCUGUGGUCGAGGUGGGUUCCAAAACACCAAUGAACUUUUGAAACAUUUUGGCCAAUGCAAUCAAAUGGCUCCUCAAACUGCUUCAUCUAGUGCGUCUUCUGUGCAGAAAGUAAUGAGUGGGGAACAGAAUAAGCUAUCCCCAUUGCCAUCCCACUCAUCAGUUCCUCUGUCUACAAACGGAACGUCCCCUGCCCCUUGGAACCAUUUCUCUGCAUCCUCUGCACUUUCUUUAAGCCCUAAUAUGUUUCUCCCAACUACGUUUCAUAUGAACAAAGGUUAUGAAAUUGGACGAUCAUCCCCCACGAAAGAACCAUCACUGACUCGUUUCCCUCUUGGUCUUUUACAACCUUUGGGAAUGUGUGGACUCCCAAGAGGAGGUUCGAUGACACAUCAGUAUUUCUCGCCAAAAUUGGGAUAUCCACCAGCGGCCCCACCACCUACAAACUCGAUGACCUCUAAGCCCUUUCAACGUGGAUCUUCUUUGAAGACAACAGAUUCGACUCCUGACUCAUCCAUUGGCAACAUAGACUUGUCAAGGCCUUUCAAAUGUUGCCACUGUAUAAAAGCUUUCAAAUCCAAAGCUUUACUUGAUCAACACAUGCAUAUUCACUACCCACCGAAAUACACCUGUCGUUAUUGUGCAAAAAAGUACCGGUGGCCUCCAGUUUUCUACCACCAUCAAAGAACCUGCAAGAAACGACCACCAGUAACCAGUGGCACAAGUAUAGACAACAACUCAGGAGGAAUGACAGUUUCAUGUGCCCUCAAUUCACGAUCACACACUGUAGCCGCCAGCGAAACUCCGCUUUCUUCCACCAUCGGAUCAGGACGUUUUCCUCCAAUUUCUAGCAUCUUUUCGCACAACGCUUCACCGCAAACUGGGAAAGUACCUUCAAAUCCAAUGGUGUUGUUCCCACCCUUUCCAUUACCAUUGUCUCAUAAUUCGAGCCCUCCGGAUUGGUUUUCGGCCAAUAACAUUUCCGAAACCCACUGUCACUCAAUGGCUGAAAGGGAACCCAUGGGUUUCGCCGCACUGGCAGCGGCCGCAGCAAUGGGUGUGCGUUUUCCGCUCACACCUAUACCGCCACCAUUGGGAUUAGCAGAUCCUUACAUCCGCACCCAAGGCACUGCACAGACGUCACUGCCAUGCAUUCCAGGCACAACGCCAUACAACAAUAUUCAGACAACACCUCUCAUCCCGUCUGGAUUCUUCUCCCCGUUUUUAUCCACGACCCCCUCAAGCCAACCGAUGACAUCUCUGAAUUCAUCAGUCCCGCUAAUGAACGCCACAGCUAAUACUGAUCUCAAACCCAGCCUACCUCCGAGUUUAUUGUCACCUACAAUCAGCUCAUCACCGGACGGCUGUGGUCGGCUAGACAAAGUAACUUCUUCAUCGCCCAAAGCCUCAUCGGUACUGCCUCAAGUGGAUCAUGGGGUCCUUAAGUGCGUAUGUGGAACUCAUUUUGAAGACAUUACACUAUACUUAGUACAUAUGCCUACCUGUUCAGCGCUACAGCAUCUUGUGAGCUUGGAUCCACUGAAAAAGGCUUCGGAAACAAGGCAGAAUUUGAGCUCCCCCUGGUUUCCCCCCGUAUUUCCAUUAUUACCCUUUCCAUUCGGACGCGGCCAUUUUCCUGUAGGAUCUAAUCCAUCCACCGAGCUGCAACUGGGGCAUUCUGUCAAGCAAGGCAAGGAAACCGAUGGAGACGAACAUCCGGUGAGCCAGAAUUCUGUUUUGGAGAUUGAUGAACUCCCAAGCCAGGAAAGAUUUACCGUUAGUAGGUUGGCGGAGAAAAUGAAGACCGAAAAAGGAACAGAUCUCAAGAAAGCAGACGAGACACAUGAGAGCCGACUGAACUAUCCUAUAAAUGACUCGGGUAAUCACAUCUGGUCUGACUUGUUUGGUUCACCUGAUUUUGCGGCGGCUAACCAUCAUUCCGGAAAAGAUUGUGGCUUUAUUCCAAUGCAAACCAAAACAACGGUAAGCGGAACGGGUGAGUAUCAGAAAAUAAAUCAGGAUGUCCCCAAUCCUAAAAGACCUACGGAGACAGACGAAAGACAAGACAAGUCGGAUCAAAACGAAAAUGACUGCAAAGGUCCCCGUUUCUUCUCAGAUCAAAGGGGACUGAACCAAAAUCUUUUGCAUUACUCGAAAAACUUUGGAAGCUUUCCUGAAUCAUCUUCGAAACACCUGGACUCGUCUACGUCUUUGAUGGCUGCGAUGGCGACUGUGCUGGCCAAUGCGGCAGCUGCUGCAGGUUUCGGAUGCUCUGGAUUGGCCAGGACACCUGAGACUGGAAGUGACCUACUUGAGCAGUCUGAGUAUGCACUUCCAUCGACCCCUCUCACAAAUGGAAUGGUAUCCCACAAACUGUGUGUGCAAUGUGGAAAGGAAUUUAGCUCAAGACUUUCGCUCAAGCAGCAUGUUGAAGGAAAGCACAGUGCAGAGGGAAAGUAUCAAUGUCCCGGCUGUGCAAAACGAUAUCGAUGGGGUGCAUCCUACUAUUAUCAUAAAAAGUCAUGCGCAGCAAUCCGGGAACAGAGUUCCCCGGUAAGUGACUCGAAUGGUCUUAGUAGGCAAUUGUCACAGGAGGAAAAUUCACCCAAUGCCUCAAGUGACUCUCCUCUGAACUUCCACCAGAACGGUGAAUGUGACCUUUCUCCUAGCGUGAUUGUUCAACGCUGUUUCGAUGACGACCGGGAUUUGCUUCGUAUACCUUCAGAACGGGGGAAGUUUGGCAUCAAGACACCGUCCAGCGAUCCUAUUGAGGAAACGAUGAACUGUGAGGUGACGGACAGUGCUAGAAAAUCCAGAGUUUUGGAAAUAUGGCCUGUGGAAGACUAUACAAACCAGUUUCCUAGUCACUCUACCCUUCUGAAAGAAACCUCGCCAAAUGGUUCGGAUAACUUCCCCGAAGUGAGUCCAAUUUUUUCGUACUUUUCAACCCUAAAUGGUGCUUUAUCAUUGGAUGUUGUGUUCGAAUGCACCUUAAGGUGA